AUGUCCAGCAGGCGUACCAACAGCAGCAUCAAACGCAGCAGCAGCAGCAGGCCCAGCAACAAAAACAACAAGCCCAACAAGCCCAACAGUCCCAACAGUCUCAACAACAAGCUCAGCAAGCUCAGCAGACGUAUCAACACCCUCGCUAUCAACAGCCGCAGCAAGCCCAGCCAACAGGCCUACCAGCGGCAGUAUGCGCAGCCCCAGGCGCAGUACCAACAGGCGCAGGCCAAUCAAUACCAGCAGUCGCAGUACCACCCGCAACAGGCGCAAUAUCAACAGGCACACGCACAACACGCACAACACGCGCAGGCGCAGGCGCAGUCGCAGUCGCAGUCCCAGCCACAGUCGCAGCACAAACCUCCAUCACACACCCAAGCCCAGCAACCCUCCGCCACCCCGUCGACGAUAGCUACUGCCGACCUGGUGCGUCCGGAGUCUAAAUCGGAACCGAAGCAGCCGAAGAAACAGGCCAAGCCAACGGCAUCCCCCGCGACUGCCCCCAACCACGUCAAUGGCCAGACGGUCUUCCCGGCGACAACCCAAAACACCCAGACUUCGAGUGCUACAACCGCCCCGACGGCGACCCCCGCGCGUCCAGAUCAGCCGAAACCGGCGGGGAGCGAACAAACCCCCACGCCGCGUCGUCGCGGCCGGCCCCGCAAGUCGGAGAUCGAUCCCAAUGCGCCCCCGAAGCCGAAGAAACCCAAGAAGACUGCCGCUGCGCAGGCAGGUGCCCCGGGCGUGCCCGGGGCGCCAGGGGCAGCUCCCGGCACCGCAGCGGCCCCGGGCACACAGACGAUGCCUCCCACCACCGGACCCCCAGGUGCACCGGGCACUGCUCCCGCUCCGGGAACGGGCCCCGCCACCAUCACCAACCCCGACGGCACCGUUGUUCCAGUCAAACGGCGUCGCGGUCGGCCACGAAAGUCGGAGAUUGAUCCCAAUGCCCCGCCGAAGCCGAAGAAGCCGCGCAAACCAGCUCCCUCGAAAGAAGGCCCGAAACGGCCUCGCGGUCGACCCCGGAAGGCUGAUGUCCUGGCUCGCAAGGCCGCCGAAGAAGCGGCGGCGGCGGCGGCAGCAGCAGCAGCAGCGGGGCGGACAAGCUCAAGCCCUCGGCCAAGGGACAGGGUCAGGGACUGCCUCAUGCACCGGGACAAGGGCAAGUUUCUGGACAGGGGGUGUGCCGGAGGUGCGCGUUCCACGCCCAUCGGAAUGAAAUCUCAUAAGAGGCUCCCGCAACCGCAACAGGUCCUGGGCACACAGACGAUGCCUCCCACCACCGGACCACCAGCUGCACCGAGCACUGCUCUCGCUCCGAGAACAGGCCCCGCCACCAUCACCAACCCCGACGGCACCGUUGUUCCAGUCAAACGGCGUCGCGGUCGGCCACGAAAGUCGGAGAUUGAUCCCAAUGCCCCGCCGAAGCCGAAGAAGCCGCGCAAACCAGCUCCCCCGAAAGAAGGCCCGAAACGGCCCCGCGGUCGACCCCGGAAGGCUGAUGUCCUGGCUCGCAAGGCCGCCGAAGAAGCGGCGGCGGCGGCGGCAGCAGCAGCAGCAGCGGGCGGACAAGCCCAAGCCCCCGGCCAAGGACAGGGUCAGGGACUGCCUCAGGCACCGGGACAAGGGCAAGUUUCUGGACAGGGUCAGGGUCAGGCAGCGAACCCUCAAACCUCGGUGCAGAACCAGAUGCAACCCGGACAGAUGGGUCAGAACCAGAUGUCCCAAAAUCAGAUGUCCCAGAACCCCUUGGGCCAGCAACAGAUGGGACAGCCAUCCCCAAUGGGCCACCAGAUGCAGUCUCCUCUGGCACAGCAGAUGCGUCAAUCGCCGCUGACCCAGCAGAUCGGCCCCAACCAGCUGCAGCAGAAGCAGAUGGGCCACUCUCCCAUGUCGCACCAGCAACAACUAGGCGCAAACCAACUACAGCAGAAGCAAAUGGGCCACUCCCCCAUGGCGCAUCAGCAACAGCUGGGCACGAAUCAGCUACAGCAGAAGCAAAUGGGCCACUCCCCCAUGGCGCAUCAGCAACAGCUGGGCACGAAUCAGCUACAGCAAAAGCAAAUGGGCCAGUCACCACUGUCCCAUCAGCAGCAGCUGGGCACCAACCAGCUCCAGCAGACGCAGAUGGGCCAGUCCCCCAUGUCGCAUCAGCAGCAACUGAGCGCGACCCAGCUCUCAAACCAGAUGCGCCAGUCCCCCAUGGCCCAGCAGAUGAAAGUGCAGCAGGCCCAUCAACAGCCUCCGCAGCCCAUGAAGGUGCAACCCCAUCAGCAACAGCCCUCGAUGCAGGUCAACCCGCAACCGCCGCAUCAGCACCAGCACCAACCCCCGAAACCGCAACACCACCAUCAGCCACUCCCCUUCUCGCAACAUUCCUCCCCGCAAAUCCAGCAGCAGACCCAGCCGUCGUCACAUCCCCACCCUCUCUCUCACCAGCCGCAACACCACCACCACCCCCUCUCCCACCCGCACCAGCACCAUCCCCAUCAACCCGACCCAAUGCUGAUGAACCCGGCGCAGAAGCGCCCGGGCCCCGUCGACGACGAUCCCCGCAAGCGUGCGUAUAUCAUGCCUCAUCAGAUGUAA